AAGGACUUUUUUCUUUGUGCACUUUGUGUUGUAUGUUUACUCCAUUCUCGUGGUCCCUCGUCUUCUUUGCAUCUUGAGCUGAGUGGUUCUUGUUUUACAUGGUGUUGUCUUUGCUCGUGUGUCCCCUACCCGGGCAACUUCCCGUGCUUUGUCCUGCUUCCACCCCCCUGUGACCGUCCGCACUCGUCAUCCCUGCCUCUCUGCGCUCCCAGUCCUCAGUGUCAGUUUGUGGGCUCUACUCUGCACUGCUUCCCCCGCGAUGUCUCCUGAUAACUUCAGUUUUACCUCGUGUGUUUUUUUGCGCUCCUUGUUUUUACCCUGAGGGGAUCAUACUGUUAGAAUUUUGUCAUCUAUUCCCCCUGCAUGGAUUGUGGAUCAAUAAAGAACGGAUGCCACGCCGGUCGGUCAGUGACCUCGCGGAGUCGCCCGACGCUCGACCAGUCAGUGAAAGUGACUGGAUCUGAUCAACCCGGCCGGCCAUCGAGCUGACGGGAAACCAGGCAACGGAUUUACCUUCCUUUGGUUUUAAUGUGAAUCAGCAGUGAUCUAGCUGCGCUGCUUGCAACAUGUGGUCAACAGGGUAGCUUUUUUUUUUCCCCCCCCCUCACACCUUCAGAACUCCCCGCCAACAGAUUUUUUCGACUGCGGCGACGAUGUCUCUGCCCAAGCGGAGGCGAAUCCGGACCCUCGCGCUGCUGUUCUGCGUCGUCACGUUCACGAUGUUCCUGUUCACGUACACCUUCCGGGACCCGUCGCUCUACUUCUUCAGGCACGCCUUUCGCCUCUCGGACAGCCUCUUCUCCAAAGGGCCGUGCGCCUGUCGACAGUGCAUGACGGAGGCGGAGGGCGACCCCUGGUUCGCUGAGCACUUCAACCAGUCCAUCCACCCUCUGAUGAGCAGGGAGAACAGCGUCCUCUCUGACGAAACCUUUAAAUGGUGGCAGUGGUUGCAGGCGGAGCGGCAGCCGGCCAACUUCAGUGAGGUGGUGGAGGAGCUGUUCCGGGUCAUCCCCGACGAGGUGCGCUACACGGACGCCAGCCCCGAGCGCUGCAGGACCUGCGCCGUGGUGGGGAACUCCGGCAACCUGAAGGGCUCCCGGUACGGCGGCCGCAUCGACUCCAGCGAGUUCAUCAUAAGAAUGAACCAGGCUCCCACCAGUGGCUUUGAGGAGGAUGUGGGCACCAGAACAACUCAUCACGUCAUGUAUCCGGAGAGUGCCAUAGACCUGGAGAACACCACCAGUCUAGUGCUGAUCCCCUUCAAGACCCUGGAUCUGCAGUGGAUCAUUAGUGCCCUCACCACGGGCACUAUUAAGCACACGUAUGUGCCUGUCGUGCCCAGGAUAAAGGCGAACAAAGAUAAGGUGUUAAUUUACAGUCCCACAUUUUUCAAAUACGUCUACGAGACUUGGCUCGACGGCCACGGGCGAUAUCCUUCAACCGGGUUCCUCAGCUUACUGCUCGCCAUCCACAUCUGUGACGAGGUCAGCGUGUUCGGAUUCGGGGCUGACCAGUACGGGAACUGGCACCACUACUGGGAGGAGAACCAUUUGGCUGGAGCUUUCCGACACACGGGAGUCCAUGACGGCGAUCACGAGUACAAUGUCACCUUGCUGCUGGCGGACAAGCACAAAAUCCAAAUGUUUAAAGGCAGAUGAUGCCGAGCCCGCAAAGUGCAGCGGGGCGAGCCUCACGAACCUGCACCUUUUUUUCCCCCUUCACCCCGCGGCGGCGGGAAACAUUUCCCGCGAUUUCCCGAAGAGACACACCGUCACGUGAACUGUCCUCGCCGAGGCUGCUCGUUGAGAAAUGCCCCUCCUAUUGACAAAGCCGCGGUUCUCUCUUUGUUUCCGAACACAGACCCUGACAGACCGUCAAGACGGGACAAAAGCAACACUGCCACUUGUUUCAGGGUGUUUUUCGGUUAUUAGGUACAAUUGCUUUGCAACAUGAUUGAGUACGGUUGCCCCCCCCUCCAUCCCACCUCUCAGUGUUCACAUCAUUAAUGUUAUUCCCGUACUUGAGUGCACAUGUGCAUCUGCACACACUGAAACAGUGGGCGGCGGUACGUGUCCUAUUUGGUUCGCGUUCCGCAAGUAAUCAUCAAGGACAGUACACUUGUGCCAUGCGUCACACUUGUCAAUGUGGCACGUAAAAUCUUCUCGCGCUGCUCUUGAGUCAUCCCUUACAUCUUGGCGUUUUUUGUGUGUGUAGUGCUUGGCGUUGAUUCAUUUGUUUGUGUUUUUCUCGUCUUUCCAAAUGAUAUGGCAAGCUUUUGUUUUGAAAGGGACGGGCAAGACGUUGCGACGUGGUCACAUUCCAAACAGCAGUCCACGUCUGUGCUUCGGUGCAACGCCUGACGUGAACCGUACCGGAGCACACGUGCUGUGAUGUCGGGGGGCACAGUCGAGCUGCCAAUCUCCUGUCCCGCCACAUCCCAAAAGGUCUUUUUCCACUGGAUUCAGAUGUGGUGACUAGUUCUCUCAACUCACUGUCACGUUCGAGGAACCAGUUUGAGACUUUUUGCUUUGGGACACGGAGUUGCUAGUUCCAGCAGUUACUAGAAGAUGGUAAACUGUGGCCAAAAAAGGGGAUGAACCCGUCAACAAUACUCAGACUGUGGCAUUCAAACCCCAUUACAGGGCGUCGAAAAGCAUGAGCCACGCCAUCACACCAUCCCCCGCCAGCCUAACAGAGCUCCUAUCUUGUGUAUAAACGACCCUCAGGUUGCUCGAAUGAACAAAUUCCCCUGAAAACACGAACGAAACUACUUAAAAGCGAUCUGGGAUUAAUCGUCACCUUUUAUUCUUUUAAAUGCGCGGCUCAUGGUGACGUGUGUGAGCGGGGUAUAGAUCCUUUCGGUGUCUCGGUCUUAUGGCUGCACUGGAGGCCUGUAAUGGAGUGUGGAGUUUGAACUACAGUCGGGUAAUCAAUGAGUGAUUUUCUUUGUCACUCAGCGAGAUGAAAAGGUGGUAGAAAGGAUUGAAAUUAUCGAGGGGUCGACCACACGAUCUUCCUCAUCAAGAAGUACGCAGGUAUCGGUGAUGGACAACUGACAUACAGCCUACACAUGGGGUGCCUUAUCAUUAUACCAAUAAUGUACUGUACAUUUUCAAUGUACACUGUGACAUGCAUUUUUAUCGAAAAGUAGGCGUCAAGUGCCUUUAAUGGCCUUAAUUUAACCAUCGCAUUGUACCUUGUUGUAAUACUUUGUCCGUGAACUACAAGUUUGCACAACGUUACUGUUGUGUGGACAGCGUACAUUUUAUAGAAUGAUAUGCAUGAUACAUACACUACAGCCAUGUUAGGGAUUCUUGUGCGUGCCAUAGAGGAAAAUGUUGGGUAUGUACAGUUCAUGUAGGGGCAGGCGUGUCAACAUCUUUUGUUUUUUUUUGCAGUUUUGAGGAAACACAUCUGCGGCGCGUUCAGAAAGUAUUCUGACGCCUUUCACACUUUGCACACUUUAUUAUGUUGUAGAUUCAGAUUUAAUUUGACUUCAGAAGAACAUUUGCAAGUGAAGGUGUUUGGAUACUUCUGAAGAUGCCGUCCGUCUUUUUCGCCGAACUCGCCGACGCGCGAUUCCCCGCUUCGAGAAACACAGAAGCACCUAUCCCGCCCCUCCUGUCGUCAUUUUUCACCCAGCGAACCUCUUGUCUCAACUGUUUUAUGUCGUCUCUCAGAUUCGUCAGGGGUUGAGUUCGGAGGCGCCCAUCUGAUGGACUAUGAUUUGCUCCAUGUGCCUUGUUUCAUAAAAGUGGCAUUUCGCCCAGUCGGUGUCCUCGUGAUCUUUUUUCCUCUCCCCGUGAAAGCAGGCUGACAAGAAGAGGAAACCGCAAUGUUUGUCGAGUUCAAAUCCAACAGCCACCUCGUUUCCAUUAAUAGUUUGUUCUGUGCACUUGCUCUGCAGGGGACACUGCCACCUAGUGGACAGGAGCAUGCAUCAGCAUUAACGUCACCCGAUUUGUCCUUUUCAAGACGAUGUGAUGACUUAGCACUUGUAAAACUGUAUUCAUUGUUCAAUGAUUAAAUAUAAUUACAAAGCCUGUUACACACAUAAUGUAUUUGAUCUGCUAUUCCAUCCAAUUGAGGUCAGUCUUAACUGUUGAAUACAAAACCCAUUAAAGCAGCACCUGCAGGGAAACCACAAUUUUA